AUGCCUCGAUAUACAGGAUCCUGUUUCUGCCGUCGAAUCAAAUACAAUUUGGAUCUCUCCUCUCCAGACGACGCCAGAACCUCCCUCUGUCACUGCCGGAAUUGCAAGAAAGCAUUCGGAACAAAUUACGGUCUUACGUCUAAAAUUCCCAAAGACGCCAUUGCUGUCACAGCCGGGAGACCUAAAGAACAUGUCGCCGACAAUGGCUCUGGUACGGUGAUCCAUCGGGAGUUCUGUGAUAACUGUGGAAGUUUCAUUCUGGAAUACGGGGAUGCUGUUAAAGAGCAGUUCCGGUACAUCUGUGUAGGGUCACUCGAUGACCCCGAAGUAUUACCACCCAAGGGGGAAUUCUUUUGCUCAUCAAGAGUGAGCUGGAUGCCGGAGAUUCCAAAUGUAUUCCACAAGCAGCAGAUCAAGGAGUAA